AUGGAGUUGGCACAAAUCCGAUUCAAUCAUUCAAAUUCAGUACUUCUGAUGAACGAAGCAGUUGAACCGGCACCUCUACUCGCUAUAACAUUUGGCUGCAUUAAUUUACUGGCUCUCUUGGCUAACUGUACACUACUUAUCUACAUUAUUUAUAACAGAUUAUAUCGCAACUUUAUUUCAUCGCAUUUUAUCGCUCAUUUAUGUGUCACAAAUGCUGUUGCUCUAUGUCUUCUUCUGCCCAUGUUUAUAUAUAACGUCUGGACCGGAGUGAAUAUUUGGAGUGAAAACAACGUUAUGUGCAGAGUGCAGGCUCUAGUAACGUGCGCUGUAUGGACUGUAAUACAUUUCAUGGCACUUUGCAUAGCUGGGGUACAUUUGCUAACGUUUGCAAGAAUACACUACGAGCAACUGUUUGGUUUACCACCCAAUAUGUUGUGCGCCCUAUCCUGGCUUCUGGCGUUUGGUCUGGCAUUACCAACGAUCACUAAUGGACAUAUUAUAAUUUAUGAUCCUUCAUUUAGACACUGCGUAUGGGGCGACAGUGACAGUGGCCUCAAGUUUUUGACAUAUCUUCUAAUUCUGGGAGUAUUCAUACCUGCAUUACUUGCUUCUUAUGCUUAUAUUCGUGUCCUUGGCAUCCUUUAUCACAGUCCGAUUGUAUUCCAAAGUAUAGGCUUAUACAAAAGUCGUUUUCUGGUGUAUUCAUUUCUAUUGAGCCCAUUUUACCAGCUUCCAUUCUACGCGACUACAAUAGUGAAAGACUGGAGAAAACCAGACUCAAUAAUUCCUGUUGUAAUGCUUUUUCUAGCAUUCAUGCAAUGUUUUGUAUCUCCAGCUCUUUACGGUGCAUCUUUGUUUUUGAUGAAAGAAGAAGACAUGGUACUAACAGCAAGAGCGCACAAAGCUCCUAACGCUCAUCCUCUCACCCAACAUCUAUGA